AUGUUCCGCUCCGCGUGCCUCCUGGCCGCCGGGUCGCUCGUGCUCUACGGCGCGAGCGGCUUCGUGUCCCCGGCGCAGCCCACUGCCGUCUCGAGCGCGGCCCGCAGCCUGCCCGCAUCGGCGCUGGCCGCCGCCGAGGAGGCCGCGCCGGCCUCCAGCGGCAGCGCCGCGUGGAGCCCGCUGGCCAUCGGGGCGGCCCUCGGGCUGAUGGUCGCAGUGAUGGGCGGCCGGCCGGCGCUUGCGGCGGACCUCGAGAACGGCGAGAGCGUCUUCCUGGGCAACUGCGCGGCGUGCCACGCGGGCGGGAACAACAGCGUGGUGGCGGAGAAGACCCUGAGGAAGGCGGCCAUCGAGCAGUACUUGACGGGCGGCUACAACGCGGCCGCCAUCAAGACUCAGGUGACGAACGGCAAGGGCUCCAUGCCGGCGUUUGGCGACAAGCUGGGCCCCGACGACAUCGACGACGUGGCGGCCUAUGUCCUCGACCAGUCCACCAAGUGGUGA